AUGUUCGACACCUCGUGCUCCGACCCAGACUACUCAGGCUGGGACAUCGUACAUUACACAAAUGGCAAUAAUGAUAAGGGGAAGCGAAAAGCUGUCGACUCACAAGCAAACGCCCCUAAACAGGAGAGUACACCUUUAGGUAUUUCGAGCACGGGUCUGGAUGAUGCACUGGGCCGAAAACGAAGAAGGAAGGAUGGAGGUUCAGCACCCACGGUCACAACCAAUUUAAACGGCAUCAAUGAUUCGCCUCGAUUAUAUGCGUGUCCUUACUAUAAGAAUAACGCACAGGCGCAUCCGCGCUGUGCGGGGUGGAGCGCCCCGGAGGUGCACAGAGUAAAAGAGCAUUGCAGGAGAGUUCAUAUCAAACCCCUCCAGUGUCAGCGAUGCGGAAAUUUUCGGGCUGGCGACCAAGGUCAGAUAAACGCACAUUCAAGAUUUUCAGAUUGCGUAAAGAACUGGGAAGUCAUCCCCGUUGGAAGCGAGGAUAUUGCCAAAGCAAAAGCUCUCGAGACAAGAAAUUUGGUUUGGAGACGAAUAUAUGUGAUCUUAUUUCCUGAUUGUGAGAACAACGUACCAAGCCCUUACUGGGAUGAUCCCAUUACCGCCGUGACACCCGCUACAUCUGGAACAUCCGGGAUCGCCACCAGCCAACCGAUUCAAAUCUUCGAAUUUAUACUAUGGCUCGGAAGGAAUACUGAUAUCCAGAGCUAUUAUGACAGGUUUCUCGAAGAAGCCCGCCAGUCUCAGCCACAAGCAAACCAGGGGAUUGGAGUGAGCGACGACAAUGAGCUGUUUGGUUUUGAAUCAUUUACAGAAACAAGUUCCAGGAAUGCAUCUUCACAGAUGCAGGAAGAAAAUCCUUUCUCAAGCCAUAACGUCAUUCAAACCUAUACUGUUGAGGCAGGCAAUAGUCAAGAGGAAGCCACAACAAACACUGGCCGGGGCGGGAGAGAAGUCAACGUACCUCGGUAUAAUGGAUAUAGAACUACAGAAACCUUUAGCAUUGACACUCCCGACAACCAGGAAGAGACUACAGCAGACACUACUCAAAGUGGGAGCGAAUCCUAUCAAUAUAACGGAGAAUCUUGGGAUUUGGGAUCAGCGGGCGCGCAACUUCCCUGGCCUAAACCAAAUUGGAUGGGCUGA